ACGAUUAAUCCGUACCAUUUACUGCUAUCACCAUCACAACAGCCACAACCAUGGACAGCAGGCUUUUUGUCUGCUUUUGUCUUCUUGUCGUAACUCGGGCCGAAGACUUUCAGCGUACCUUGGUUGUGAUCUAUAAGCAAACCGUCCCAAGCGAAUACUUGUUUUUAAGAGGGGGUGACGCUGAGGGAAAUGGGAUUCCGAUAUGGCAGAUAGUUGAACCAGAGAAGGAAAGCUCGAAGUUCAGAAAGCUGUCUGAGGGCGACACGAUGUUAGACUGGCACGGAAGAGAGGAAGGACAACCGAAAGAGGCGUUCGGUACACCGCUUAUGUGGACCACAAACAACCAAUCAUACCACCUGCAGACGAACAAGGACGGGGCUGGGUAUUUCAACAUCAACAUCGCCAAAGGUCACAUGUGGAUAGCUGACCUGGAUAUGGACUGCGACAAGACGCACGACGGCUGGUUCCAGUACAAGGGAUUCAUAACUCAAAACGGAAAACCGAAGUACGAAUCCAACACGUACGACGGCUGGGAGCAAGUCAGGGGCGGUUCCGUUUGCGAGGGGGAGCUCCUUCCUGACGGAGAAAAUUUCAAAAGUGGAUUCGAAUGGGCGGACCCGCAAAACCAUUUUGGAAAAUGUGGCAGCUUCAAUUUCGUUUCGUGGGGCAACGGCACUUUCUGUUUCAUCCACUCGAUAGAGUUUAUCGAGUCGCUGGCGCCACCUGAGAGCAGUGAAGUCGAGGACGAAACUGAAAAAUAGUCACGUGACUAAGACGAAUAAAGUACAAUACAAAUA